AUGCUCAAUAACAUUCCUAAUGAGAUACUUCUUGACAUUAUACCUUUCUUUACUCCAUCUGACUUCACUCGAUUGGUUCUUGUUUGCAAGGCCUGGUACAUCGAAUUUAUCCCGUACCUCUAUAACCACGUCUCGCUACCCUUGAACGAGUAUGAUCAUCUUGGUACUACCUACGGAAUGAUGCCUGAGUCCCAUCUUCCUGUGCGUCGAUUUACACAGACAAUGAUCACAAAUCCCUCCCUUGCUCCAUUGAUUCGAUCCUUGGAGCUCUAUCCUAGCGACUGUAAGGAGGGGAAAUGGAAACAACUACCUGCCUUGGAGCCUUUGCCUGAAGAGAGGUAUCGUCACCUUAUGUUGCCUUACGGAGAGGCUAAACACAAACACCGCCGCAAGUUUUAUGCUUGGCGCAGAGACCUCAGGGAAAAUUCUGAGCGAAUGGAUUAUCAUCGGGUGCUCCACCAUUUCGAAGAUGCUUGGCUAGCGCUAUUGCUAGUCCAGCUACGGAACCUCGAGAAGCUCGGGAUUGCCCUCCCGGAAGAGGUAUGGAUAGGAGGAUAUGAGGACGGACCGUUUCCCCCAAGGCGUUCACCGCACUUUGAACGGGUUAUUGCAUGGGCGAGUCAUCCUAAGUUGGGAGUCUUGACCAAACUCAGUCAUAUUUCACUGACAGAUGGGCCUUGCAUCUGGGAAUCUGAGCUUUCAGUCCACGCUAUUCCCUUGACCCGAUUACUCCCCUUUCUUCGGAUACCUUCCCUGCGAAAGCUAUACGUUUUCAAUCCAUGUGAUCGAUCCCCACUCAGCAUACCAAAAGAUCUCACCAUUCCACUCACCCAUCUGGAUUUUCAUGUCCCGAAAGAAGCCAUGCCAAACCUCCCUCAUUUUCUCAAGCGAUGCUCCAUGCUCGAGUCAUUUACACUACAACAGCAGGGCUGGUGUGAGUACUAUAGUCGGUACUGGCAAAAUCUACCUCAGCUGUACCAAUCCCUGCAAAGGUCACGUUCCUCGAUCCGCCAUUUGAAUUUGACUUUUUGUGAUUGGAAUGUUUGGCAAGAUGCAAAGACACCUAAGCCGGUCUUUUUUGGACCUCUCUCGGACUUCCCCAUUCUAGAGUCCAUUAGAAUCCGAUGGGGUAAUCUCUUGCAAUUCACCGAAGAGCGGGGCCAUACACCGGUAACACCACUCUGGCAACUUCUCCCAUGCUCGCUCAAGCACUUGUUCAUCGAUCAUUGUCUCCUUCAGUGCUCAGAGGCACUAUACACCGAACUAGUGAGUCUAAUGAUACACUGCUCCACUCACGUACCCUGUUUGCGGAAGCUGUAUCUUCGAUUUGCCGAGCGAGAGCGAGCUCCGACAAGUUCCCCCGAAGACAUACGGACGAAGAGAAUGACACCAGAUUCUGCCAAUCAUGAUAGACUACUUGCGUUACGGCUGGACUUCGGUGCUUUGAACGUCGAUUUCCAGGUUUUCCAAGGAGAUAAGAAAGUAACUUUUUACCAUGAGUAUUGCAUAAGAAAGAAGUGGCCAAGGGGUAAAGAUGGCGAGGUUUUUGUCCUUUGA